AGUUCCGGGUUUCCCGGCGACACUAGCUGGCAUCGGUUCGGUCUCCUUCUUGUUUGAUAGCCGGUGGAGAAGAGAGCGAGCGACGGUCCAUGGCUGCGGCAGAGUCCGACAGUAGCCAGAGGCAGAUUGAUGAGAUCGAAGCACUUUCGUCUAUAUAUGGCGAAGAGUGGUGUGUUAUUGAUGAAGCUGCGAGAAUAUUUUGUAUUAAGAUUAGUGAUAAUUUAGAAAAACCCAAAUGGACACUCUGCUUACAGGUGAUUCUGCCUUCUGAAUAUCCAGAUACAGCUCCUCCCAUUUAUCAGCUGAAUGCUCCAUGGCUUUCAGGACAAGAUCGUGUGGAAUUAGCAAACAGCCUCGAGGAAAUAUAUGUACAGAACAUUGGUGAAAGCAUUCUUUAUUUGUGGGUGGAGAAAAUUCGGGAAAUUCUAGUAGAAAAAUCUCAGCUAUCAGAAUCAGGUCCAGACAUAAAUAAGACAACUGAAGAAGAAGAUGUUGACUGUGAAGAUAAUUAUCUUAUUGAUUAUCAGUCAAAAAAUACAAUUGAAGCCCUGGAUUUUGUUAUCACUGAAAGCCAAUCAGAUGUAGAAGAACUACCACCAAUCAAGCAUGGAGUUCCAAUCACUGACCGAAGAAGCACUUUUCAAGCACAUUUAGCUCCUGUAGUUUUCCUUAAGCAGGUAAAAAUGGUUCUUGCCAAAUUAUAUGAAAAUAAGAAAAUAGCCAAUGCCACCCACAAUAUCUACGCGUACAGAAUAUAUUGUGAAGAUAGGCAGACUUUCUUGCAGGACUCUGAAGAUGAUGGGGAAACAGCAGCAGGUGGACGUCUCCUUCACCUUAUGCAGAUUUUGAAUGUACGGAAUGUUUUGGUGGUGGUAUCACGCUGGUAUGGUGGCAUUUUACUUGGACCAGAUCGCUUUAAACACAUCAACAACUGUGCCAGAAACAUACUAGUGGAAGAGAACUAUACAAGCUCACCAGAGGAAUCAUCCAAGCAGCUGGGAAAGAACAAAAGAGUAAGAAAAGACAAGAAGAAAAGUGAACAUUAUACUUGAAAAUUUAGCUUUUAGAUACUUUUGUUCUGAUUAUAUAAUUAAUCAUCCAGGAAUACUUUCUAUAGAGAAGAUCCUUGAAAGACAUGCUUUGUGACUACUCAAUCCAGGAUUUUAAGGAAACGUGACAUGGAUGCCAGCCAGGGUUUUCACUUAUUUCUUGAUUGUCCCAACUUGUGUACUCAUAUGUAUCUGAGGAUGAUUCAGAAGAAUUAAUCAGACCUAAUCAUCACUGCUUCUAAUUUUGGGAAGAUGAAGUUGCUCUAAGUAUCAAGUGAAUUACCUGUCCUUUUGAAUUACAUGUCAAGUGCCUUUCCUAUGUGGCGGAAACUAUCUUUGGAGGGUUUAAAUACUUGAUGUUUUGUCACCUGGAUUCUUGUUGAGUUAAAUGAAUAUUGUAUUUUAUAAUACUUUACAGAAAGUUUGAAUGAGCUCCAGGAGAGCUGCUUUUUGUUUUUUAAUUGUAGUUCAGAAAGCUCACUUUAGUUCGAGUGUGCAUUUCUGAAUAGUGUACAUGUACAUUUAGUGAAAAUCCAGUUAGUAUUUAUCAGUAGAAAAGUACUAGAGGUAAUCAUUUGUUUAACUUAAAAUGAAUUAUGUGGAUGUCGUAACUGUGACUUGAUAAAGAAUCAGUGUUAUUGAAAUUCGUAGAAGACAUUUUCGGACCUACAUCUUGGUUUUUGUACCAGUAAUGUAAAGCAAUAAAAAAGCAGUAUCAA